UAUAUCUCCAAAUAGAGCCGUUAUAUCCCCUCACCAUUCCCUUUAAAACCACCACAACACAAAUAUUAAAUCAUCAUCACAAGAUAUCAUGGCUGCUAAACAUUUUUCACAUCUUUUUCUACUUCUUUCAGUUGGGACUUUGAUCGUGGUUCGGGCUGAGAAAACAUGGUGUGUGGCAAAACCAUCGUCGAGUCAAGCGGAGCUGUUAGAAAAUGUGAAUUUUGCGUGCUCGCAAGUUGAUUGCAGGAUACUGGAGAAAGGUGGCGCGUGCUAUUCGCCGGAUAAUCUCAUGAACCAUGCUUCCAUAGCCAUGAAUAUAUACUACCAAUGCAAGGGAAGAAACCCAUGGAAUUGUCAUUUUGGUAAUACUGGUCUUAUCAGUCUCACUGACCCGAGUUAUGGAGGUUGCCCAUAUGAGUAAAAGAUUGGGAUGAAAAAGAUGGUAGCUUUUUACUUGUAGCAACAUUUUUAGCAUGAGAAGAAAUUAAGACUAAAGUUAAUUGUUAUAUGUAGGUUCAUCUAGUUCAAUAUGCGUUAAUAAUAUAAUAUUCUUUUUAUGUUUUCAUCAAUAUCUUUAUAAAAGUUUUUGUUUGAUAUUUUGUUGUAACUAAUUGUGUUUUAAGAUUCUUGAUGAUGAAAAAA